AUGUUCACCUUGAUGUGCUUUUUGUUCUCCGUUCUUUCUCUUGCAAUCAUGAAUGACGCGUUUGACGUCGGCUUUACAAGCGAAACGCCCGACGUAAACACCUACGACAAAAUGCCUCCGCGGAAAAACGGUAUAAAAAUUAAGAGAUACUACCCCAAAUCUUAUGACCUCUUCAGUCGCGUGGAUGUCGAAUACGAUCCAGUCAGGUCCAUAGGAAACCCAAUUAAGGUUUUCGACAACUCGGGGACGCUGCACCUCAAGAAGCCGAAUGACUACAGCGAACUCGCCACCACCGAGCCUUGA